AUGUCUCACGACAUGAACCCUGGGAUUAUGCCCAACCCUCGGCUUCGGCCAAAAGUCCAACUUUUGUUAGCGAUCCCUUCCGCCGUCUUAACAGACCUCGGAGGUGGAUUCGCCUUUGUUGGCACACUGCUUGCUGCCGUCUUAACAGACCGCGGAAAAGUCGGCAGGGUGAAGUUUGUUUGUCUACCCUGCCUCUUUUCCCUGUGUCUCAACGAGAAAGUCCCAGGCUUCAGCCACGCUGUUUGGCCUUUUGUCGGCAACAGCAGGCGAGUAGUUGUGUGCUGCUCACCCGCCCUAAUCCCUACGUCUAGACGACGUAACCCCCGGGCCCAUGCCCGACUCUUCAGAGGAGGUUCUGCUCCUCUAGACCUGAAGAAGGCUUCUCUCAAACGAUUGGUUCGAGAGAAGCAUACCCUAAAGGCAGCGAAGACAGUGGCGCAGGAACGGCGACCCAACCAAGUCUUGUCGACUCUGAGACCCACCCACCAACUCUCACUUGAUCAGACUGGCUACUUUGAAAGGGGGUCUGCGUACCCCAUUUCAUUUGAUUCCGAGCUACCUGGACGUUAUGGCGGCAGGGAGCCAACUUUUCGACAUACAGGGACGACCGAACGACAUCAUCACCGACCAUCACAGCACAGCAUCUCAGCCCGCGUAUCUAGCUUUUCAAACCCCGACGUCAGAACUCAGCAUAAUCACCAUCGAGCCGACUUGUCGAUCCCCAACUUUACCGAACUUCUCACGCGCUUAUUUUCGGGCUUAUCGCUUAAUUCUUUUUAAAUUGACUAACACGGCUUUCCUUUUCUUGACUGACAUUUUAGGCUCUUUGCAUUUCUUUACAUCUUUCAUACUAUCAUACCAAAUACGGAGGAGAGGGGGAGGAUUGCAGGAAGAAUAGGAGGAGCACUGCAAGAAGAAUAGGAAGGAGGAGGAUAGGAAGGAGGGGGACACUAAGCAAGAGGCAAGGGAGAAAGUGAUGGGGGAGGAUGGGAACAAUAAGUAUAAGGAGGCGAAGAAAAAUAGUGAGAAGGAUGACAAGGACAGAGAAGAGAAGAGGGGGGGAUAUGAAGGAGGAAACAACUGAUAGGGAUGAUAGCUCAAAUAAAUGCAAAGCAACUUAGGUCGGAGAAU